AUGGCCAGCAGCUCCCAGGCCUCGUCGGUCAGUGACCAGUUCCAGGCCUACUACCUGCAGCGUGCCACCGUCGAGCUGGCCGAAGACCUCGACACCCUGCGCAAGGCCGACGACUUUGCCAUGUCGGCCAGCCGGACCAAGGCAGCGUCGGCCUCGGCCAGGAAAGGGCACGAAGCCGACGGCGCCGCCGCCACCGCCGCCGCUGCUCCCGCGUCUACCUUGGACACCCCCCUGCAGAUGCUGAUCGAGGCGCUGCGCCAGGGCGCUGAGAUGUUUGGCGGCGAAGACCAGAAGCGGGUGGUGGCCGGGGUGGCCGCACGACCAGACAACCAGCAGGAGAAGCCCUAG